AUGACUGCAAUCAAGCAUGCUUUACAGAGGGAUAUUUUCACUCCCAAUGAUGAACGCUUGCUGAGCAUUGUGAAUGUGUGCAAAGCGGGCAAAAAGAAGAGAAACUGCUUUUUGUGUGCCACAGUGACAACAGAACGACCAGUUCAAGUAAAUGUGGUAAAAGUGAAAAAAUCUGACAAGGGAGAUUUCUACAAAAGGCAGACUGCAUGGGCACUUCGAGAUCUUGCUGUUGUUGAUGCCAAAGAUGCUGUUAAAGAGAAUCCCGAAUUUGACUUGCACUUUGACAAGGUAUACAAAUGGGUUGCAAGCAGCACAGUGGAAAAGAACACCUUCAUUUCAUGUAUCUGGAAACUCAAUCAGAGAUAUCUUAGAAAGAAAAUUGACUUUAUUAAUGUUAGUUCACAGCUUUUGGAAGAACUGCCUAAAGUUGCAGAAGAAUCUGUUCCAAGUGGAGAGAAUCAAAGUGUAGCAGGAGGUGAUGAAGAAGCUGUGGAUGAAUACCAGGAGUUAAAUGCAAAAGAGGAACAGGAUAUUGAAAUAAUGAUGGAAGGGUGUGAAUAUGCUAUUUCUAAUGCUGAAGCCUUUGCAGAGAAGUUGUUGAGAGAGCUACAAGUGCUAGAUGGGGCAAAUAUCCAGUCAAUUAUGGCCUCAGAGAAACAGGUGAAUAUCUUAAUGAAGUUGCUGGAUGAAGCUCUGAAGGAAGUUGACCAAAUUGAGCUAAAGCUGAGUAGUUAUGAAGAAAUGCUUCAGAGUGUAAAAGAGCAAAUGGAUCAAAUUUCAGAAAGCAACCACCUAAUCCAUCUCAGCAACACAAAUAAUGUGAAACUGCUGUCAGAGAUAGAGUUCUUAGUGAAUCACAUGGAUUUGGCAAAAGGUCAUAUAAAGGCCCUUCAGGAGGGAGAUCUGACAUCUUCUCGAGGCAUUGAGGCCUGCACAAAUGCAGCAGAUGCCCUGCUGCAGUGUAUGAAUGUAGCUCUUCGUCCAGGACAUGAUAUGCUUCAUGCAGUGAAACAGCAACAGCAGCGGUUUAGUGACUUGCGUGAGCAAUUUGCACGGAGGCUUGCCAGUCAUCUGAACAGUGUGUUUGUUCAAAAGUUUACUCAGACCCUCCUUCAACUCUAUAACAGGUCCUCCUGUCUUUCAGUUCCAGGUCACGAUCAGAGUUCUACUCUUGCCCAGCACUCUGUUGAAUUGACGUUACCCAAUCACCAUCCAUUUCACAGAGAUUUACUUCGAUAUGCUAAACUGAUGGAGUGGCUCAAGAACACAGAUUAUGGAAAAUAUGAAGGGCUAACAAAG